AAACUUAAGAUAAAAAAAUGUCGACAGGCCAGCUAUUUCUAAAGCCUAACUUGGAGAACCAAAACAGCAGGUUCUUGAGGCCACCAGGUAAUGCCCCCCAGCCAGCAGCUUCUUCCAAGAGCAAUGGAAAAAGUGGCAGCAAAACAAAGAAUGGCUCUAAGAAAAAGAAAGGCAAGCCAUCAGGCGAUGUUUUCAGAAUUAGGGGGAAUACUAUUAACGGAGACAAAGCAGACAAGGCCGGAGUUUUCGGGUUUGGCAACAAGUACAUUGGCCGCAAGAAACAAGUAGAAGAGGAGUCCAGUUCUGGAAGCGAAAGCGAUGACUCCAGUGAAGACGGAGAGUGAAGUGUAUAAUAGAUGGUUUGUGGACCAUAAUUAAAUAAUGGCUUUUCCACUGCCUCUUAUAUGCACUGAACUACUAAAAAUAGCUAGAAUAACAGAGGUUUUGUAGGCCUCUUUCUCUUGUUAUGCAUAUAUGUGUGUAAUUUAAAGAGAAAUAAUAUAUAGGCAAUCCUUGCUAUAUA